UUCUCGCGCAUUUCGCCCAUUCCUCAGAAUUUAAUCAAAAAGCGUUGGUUUACUGUUAAAAAAAAGGUAAGAACAAAAAUUGGUAAUACUGGGAAAUGUUGUCCAUCAAAACUCCUAAUUCUAGCUCCGCCUUGGAGCCAUUAAAGAGACGCAGCACUCGUGCUUCUGCUUCUCCAAUGGCACUCUGUUUGCCGCCUUCCUUAAAGCUCAGACCACCUUCUAACACAGUAUCUCUCACCGCUCCCAAAAGAUUUGCCCUCGCUUUUCCUUCAUUCCAUAGACGCCUUCCCUUCAAUCAAUCCAUCAUCGCUUUCGCAGCUUCCCACGAGGAACCAAAGCAUUCAGAAUUAGAAGUAGAGAAGGAAAAGGAAGAAGUGGGGAGCGAAGAAGAAUCAAAUGAAGCAUGGAGACAAGCUUUAGAGGCGUUCAAAGAACAAGCUUUGAAGAUGCAAAGCGUAUCCAUGGAAGCUUACGAAAUUCACUCCAAGAAAGCUUUGAUUACUCUCAAAGAAAAUUCAGAACAGCUAAAGAUUCAAACUGAAAAGGCCAGAAAUAAUUUGACUGAAAUAGCCAAAGAAAUGGGUGAAGAAGGCAAAGAAUACCUCUCAACGGCAGCUGAGAAUUCCCCUCCCGAAGUUAAAGAAAUCAUCGAAACAUUCUCUUCCUCCACUGACGAUUUCAAAGACGUUUCCAAAGUUCUUGACUUUCACGUAGGGAUACCUUAUGGCUUUUUUCUUUCAGUUGGGGGAUUCCUUUCUUUCAUGGUGAUGGGGAGCAUCGCUGCCAUUAGGUUUGGUAUUAUUCUAGGUGGAGCUCUUUUGGCAUUAAGUGUAUUAAGCUUAAAAUCAUACAAAAGAGGGAAGUCUUCUCCUCUUGCUACCAAAGGACAAGCAGUGAUCUCGUCUGUUUUAUUCUUGAGGGAGUUCAUCUUGCUGUUUCGGAGACCAAAUCUGGUUACCUUUCUCACAACCUUAAUCAGUGGUGCGGUGGUGGCAUUUUAUAUCUAUAAGCUUCUAUCGAAGGAUAAGCCACACUUGGAACCUGGGACUGAAAAUUGAUGCACUCUUCUGGGGGAAGAAAAAACAUAUCAAUACCGCAUUAUUCUUGGCAUUGAAGAAAGUAGAAUCGAUAGCCAAAGAAUGAAAGUACAAUCUCUUGAUGUUGUUGAAGAAUGUGGGGUUGCAGCAUUUUAAGGUUUUCAUGUGACUUAAAGUUUGUUCGUUUUGAGUUGUGAAUCCAUUAGGAUAUCCGAAUGAUGAAUGUGCUUUAGUUUAAAGAAUUUUAUGGUGU